AAGACCGACCGGUCGUUUGGCUUACUCACCUUCCAAAACCGCCCUACUUUCCUCUAAGAACUCACCCAAAACCCCAAUUGUCCCCUAGAUACUCUACUAUUUCUCUAAAAAAUUCCCUGAAACGUUUCAGAUUUUUGAAGAAAUUUCCCAGAUUUACUGCUGGGAUCAGCGAAUUCUUUUUUCUUUCUGGUCCACCGAUCGAAAAGCCGUCGACCCACUGCACUCCCCGUCCCCCGGCCUGCCAAUCCUUUUCAGCUUGAAGAAAUGUUGAUGGGUCAUACAGAUGGUCUAUCAGAACUGAGGUCACCUGAGCAUCAACUACUUAGCGAUCCUGAGUCCGAGUUAGACGAUGGUGAUUCCAUAGAUUGUCCUGAGAAAAUACUAUUCUCAGCCUCCUUUGAAGAGCUUGCAAGCAAUAGCAUUAAGUAUGACACCGUAAUAUGGCUUUCUAUCUCACUGUUGCUAGUUUUAGCUUGGGGAGUGGGCAUCAUUAUGCUUCUAUAUCUGCCCAUUAAGAGAUAUGUGCUUCAGAAGGAUAUUUCCUCACGAAAACUGUAUGUUACUCCUAGCGAGAUAGUAUACAAGGUCUCAAGGCCUUCGUUUAUACCCUUUUGGGGCACUGCAUUAAUUGAGAAGCAUGUACCGCUUUCCAUGGUGAUUGAUAUAAUUAUUGAACAAGGUUGCUUACAAUCAGUGUAUGGAAUCCAUACCUUCAGAGUUGAAAGUAUAGCUCAUGGAAAAGCUGCACCUGUAGAUGAACUACAGGUUCAAGGGGUUUCUAACCCUGGACUUCUGAGAAAGGUCAUCAUAACAGAAGCCUCAAAGAUUAUACAAGAUGUUGGUAGAAGUUGGAGGCCUACAGCUCUAUCUGCUGAAGGAGAAAGCAUGGGUCGUAUGGGAUCCUUGACUGAGGGGCCAGCUGUUUUGAGAUCACCAUUAAAAAACUGGAAGAUGAUAAGUUCACCGCGCCAUGCUACAAUAGAGCGCAGAAGCAUAGCAACUGGGGAAGCGCUGCUAAACAAACUGGAAGAAGUCAAUAAAUCAGUAAAGAAAAUUGAGUUGCUCAUUGAGAAGUCCUCCCCCGAAAGCAGCUGAAUUGGUGUCAAGUUUUGUCCUUAUUUUGCCGUCCCAACUUUCGGCAAUCAGCAAACUGGAGAGGACUUUGAUCUUGUUACUUUGUCUAUACGACAAGCAUAGGAGAAAUGGUGGUCAAUUAUAAUCACCUUGUCAUCUAUCCAAUUCCAAUUGCCUCGUUACUUUUCAUAUGUAUAGAAUUAAGGUUGGAAAUCUAUGAAUGGUUUUGUUUUGUCCCUCAGCCCUUAUAGCUUCCUAUUUAUCAGCUCCUGAGUCAUUUUUAUUUCGAAUGCUCGAAUCAGCUGAGAAAUCCAAGAGGGUACGUUGCUGUAAUGAAUUGAACUGUGGAUUCAAGGAUUUCAUUAAAUUUUGGAAUCGGCCCUACAUGCCAAAACUUGGCUUAUUUA